AAGCACAUCUGAAUACGGCUAGUUGCCUCGAGGUUCGGUCAUUAAUGCCGCCGAGAAUGUGCGUGGAUGGCAAGUUUUAUUUUCAGCGUGUUUUGUGGCGAGCAGUUCAAACCUACAUAUGUGCACUUGAAUUCCCAGCUUGCCGAAAUGAUCGGGACGAUGCGAGAAUAUUCGAGAGCCUACGCGAUCGUUUGGAGGUGGGAGAGAGGCCGUAAAUGAGGCGGUGACAACUUACGUAGUAAUCCUCCUCUCUGCCAUUCUCGAAGUUUCGCGUUCUUUCCGUUGCGUCGCCACCUCGCGUAUAAAUCGCGGCGUCGUCUGCUCGCCGUCAGAUUGAGUUGUACGAUCACAGUCGAGUUGACGUACGAUCGAGUAGUGAACUUGCGUUCGCUUUGCUUGCGCCUCUUCUUGCUUGGAAUCUACUGAAUUUCUACGACGUUGCCGCUGCAAAGUACUACAGCAUGGUGCGCCUGAUGCUGUACCCGCUCUUCAGCGAUGUGGACGACCUGUUCUCUCCCCUCGAGGCUCUGGACCAGCUAACUGAUGCGAUGCGCCCCGCGGUGCGUCAGGCGGACAAGAAAACGAAGCAGACGACUUCGGAUCGCAGUUCCAGCUGCCUGUGUCUCCGUGGCGCCGCGCACCCCGGCAGCCCUCGGAAGCGUGCUCAGAGCCUCGCUGAAGAAGACGCGAGAAGCGAUUCACCAGACGACUCCAAGUUCGUUUUCAACUGCAACGUUCGCGGCUACAAGCCUGAGGAAAUCUCCGUCAAGGCGGUCGACGACUGCAUCGAGGUGAGCGCGAAACACGAGGAAGAGAGCGAGGACGGUUCCAGCUACGUGAAGCGCCAGUUCACCCGGCGGUUCACCCUCCCCGAAGGAGUGAAAGCCGAGACGGUCACCUGCGCCCUGCUGUCGUCCGGCGUGCUGGCCAUCGAAGCGCCCAAACCGGAACCUCCCACGAAGAAGCCGAGGACGAUUCCCAUUGUAGUUGAGUCGUCGAAGCCGAUCGCGGCGGCGGACCAGUCUGAUAAGGAGACGGAAAAACCCGAAGAAGGUACCACCGAAGCUGCGCAGGCGUCGUGAAGAGAACAUCCCUGCAUUUUGUAUUGUUGUCAUCUUUAGGAUCACGUCUUUCCGUUCACCUCCACAUUUCGCAACUUCACCAUCAGGCAUAUAUUGCAAUGUAAAAUAAACAUAUACUUUAUCAGAAA